AUGUCGCAAUUAGACCCAGAUCCCCCGGAUAGACGGGACUACUCUUUCAAUGACUCGGAUGAUCCGUCUGUGCUUGCGUCUUUUGAGCAGAAACAACCAUUCCCUCCUCUUUCCGCUGACGAUCUUGCGACAACCUCCCACGAUGCGCCGGACAACAGCUAUCCGGAUGAGGACGAACACGCCAUGACCUCGCCGCUGCAGGCGGAUGCCGAAGGUGAAGACGAUGACGACGCCGACUUUCAAUCGCAGUACUCGCUGGACAACCAGUCCUUCUCGGACGCAUCCACCGACUCGGAGGACCCAUCCCCCAAAGACAGCUUCACCAUGCAUCAUCCAUUCCGACAGUCCUCCAGUUCCCUGCAUGGCGCCAAUGCCUUCGCACCGCCAUUCUAUAAUCGUCCGCCGACCCCGUUACCGCCGUCUCCUUCGCUGACCUCGUUGCUGCGUCCACCCUUUUCCACGACUACCUCCCGACCAACCACCCCCGACAGCUCGGACGUCGAGACGCCCAAUGACACCGAAGCUGCCGUUGCCAAGUCAGCACGCCGUGCGACCACCGUGCCACGUGCGAGCCCUAAAGUGCCCACCUAUGAGUACUACGGAUUUGUUCUGUACCUGGCUUCCUCGCUGGCCUUCUGUACGCCGACCUCCUGA